AUCUCAACCAGCGGCUUCAUUACCCAGAGUGUGCCGUCUCCACUUCCCCAUCAUGGCUGCUGCAACGGCUGCUCCUAUUCCUUCUCUGUCCUGGCUCUUCUGCUCCCGGAUAAGUUUCAUCUCCAAGCAGGGCACGCAAGUGAGGGCACUGGGAGCAGGAAAUGGCAUCAAACCCGGAAGCAAGGUCAGGCGGCAACUUCAGCUUCACAUGACAGCUGCUUAGGAGGAAGCUUAUUGGAUCUGUUACGCCUAGCAGAGAGGAGCGAUGAUAUGGCCUAAAGCUACGCGGUCAUGGUCUAAGGCUCCGAUUUCUUAAAGAUAGUCGCCCCCACUACCCCAUUCUGCCCUGCCUGCCAUGGGACCUCCUGGGAGUCUGUGGCAUCACAUCCCGAGUGAUUCUGAAGAAACAGGGGAAGAUGAAGAUGCCUCACCCUCUGCCGAGCCUGAGACCACCCUGGAUGCCUGUAGCCAGUGGAGGAACAAUGUGGGCUUCUGGUUGCUGGGACUCUGCAACAACUUUGCCUAUGUAGUAAUGCUGAGUGCGGCCCAUGAUAUUCUCAGCCAUCAGAAGGUGCCAGCAGGCAAUGGGACUGAACCAACUCCCCCCAGCGUUCCUGCAAAUGCUUCUCGUUACGACUGCAAUGCCAUCUCCACGGGGGCCGUGCUGUUGGCUGACAUUCUGCCCACCCUUCUAAUCAAAUUCAGCGCACCUUUUUGUAUCCACUUGCUCCCAUAUGGCUUGCGUGUCGUCAUCUGCGCCAUCACGGCCUGGGGUAGUUUCCUGUUGGUAGCCUUCUCCACAGGCACAGUCCAAAGCCUUGCAGGUGUCGUGCUGGCCAGUAUUUCAUCUGGCCUGGGUGAAAUAACAUUCCUUGCGCUCACGUCUUUCUUCGACAGUGCCGUGGUGUCUGCCUGGUCUUCUGGAACAGGUGGGGCCGGCCUGCUAGGGGCACUUUCAUACCUUGGACUGACAGAGUCAGGCUUGAGCCCCCAGCACACCCUCCUCCUCAUGACCAUUGUUCCGGUCAUUAUGCAGGUCAGUUAUUCUUUUGUGCUGGCUCCACCCCCCGGAGCUCCCCGCUGUGGCUGGGGCAAUCGUCCGCAGAAGUCUCUGCGUUCUCCUUCCUCAACUCAGCAGCCGCUCCUUGAGAUUAAAGCUACAGUCCAAAACAAGGCACAAAGCCCUCAGCUCAGCCUGCAAGAAAAGGGGCAGGUGGUCAAGGGUCUCUUAAAAUACCUCAUCCCUUUGGCUGUUGUCUAUUUUGCUGAAUACUUCAUCAACCAGGGCCUGUUUGAACUGCUGUACUUCCAUGAAGCGCCGUUUAAUCACCCGCAACAAUAUCGUUGGUACCAGAUGCUCUACCAGGCUGGGGUCUUUGUCUCUCGUUCCUCUGCCAGCUGCAUACGGAUUCGGCACAUAUGGCUCCUUGCAGUGUUACAGUGCCUGAACAUGGUGUUCCUCUCGGUUGCUGUGUCCAAAAUGUUUCUACCCAGCAUCUAUAUAGUUUUUGCUCUGGUACUCUACGAGGGAUUGCUGGGAGGAGCUGGCUACGUGAACACUUUCCACUGCAUUAGUGAAAAGAGCAAGCCGGAGCACCGUGAAUUUGCUAUGGGAGUUGCUUGUAUAGCUGACACGUUGGGCAUCUCCCUUUCAGGUGCUGUUGCUAUCCCUAUCCACAAUUAUUUCUGUCGCCUCCCUUGAGGCCCACUUCCCAGGGGGACCAACGGAUGCCUUGACUUACCACAUGCUUGUUUCUGAACAGUACAUUUCCCAGAAUGGAGGAGGGAAAGACACUGGGAUGUGCAUGCCAGUCAAAAGAGGAGAAAGGAGGCACACGGAGUUGAGGGGUCGGCUUUUGGCAUUAAUUUCCUCGUCUGUUUUGAUUUUGGAGAGCAUUUUACUUUAACCAAGCCUGAAUGGGAAUCUACUUUUGUCCCAUGUUGCACAGCAGUGGGAGGGCUUAAUCAGAGCACACAAUCACAGAUGGAUGGAAAAUCAUGUUCUGCAGUUCAUAGGGGGGAAACAUGUGAACGUUGCAUAAAAUAGGUCACACAGCACAUCCUUGUGUUGGGCAGGGGGAGCAGAGGGAAGAAUAUUUAGUAUGACACUCCUAAGUAACUAGAAGAUACUGCAGAAAUGGGAUGUGCAGAUGCAUAAGUGCAUUAAUAACCAUAGACAAAUAUGGAAGGAGGGAACGAAGAUUGUUAGGGUGAGAUGCACGCUCAAUUCAGAAAGAGGCAAGGAUAAUAAUUUUGCACAGUGAUGAAUUUCUGUCUCAAGCUCAAUCAAUAAACCAGCCAUAUUUCAAUUAUUGCUCUGUUGUUGCUCUUUUUCAACGAUAUACCAAUUAUGGUACGGGCUGAUAUGUUUGGGGGAUUUGUUGAGACAGCGGCUAGAAGUAGUGAGUGGAAAUAGCAAGAGUGCAGAUUUUGGCUCUGAACAUUAUCAGAAAACUUCCUAUUGGGAAGAGCUUUUUGGCAGUGGGAAAUGCUGCCUGAGGAGGUAGUGGUGUCUUUCAUUGGAAAUAUUUAAGUACAUGGUAGACACCCAUCUGUCAGGAAUGCUGAAGUUGUAAGAUUCCUGCACUGAGCACAGCUGGACUAGAGGACAUCCAGAGACUCCUCUAGCUCUAAAAUCUCCUCUUCCCUAGCAUAUGCAUAUUUGUACAGAAUGAAACAUAUUUUAAGUAAGGUUUUUAAUCUUUGUCGUCGGGGUAGGUAACAAACAAUAAAGCCACAAUAAUGUAGGAGUUAAGGGAGAUGUGAGUUCAAAUUCCUGCUCACCUGCAAAGCUUACUGGUGACACUGUGCAAGUCACUCUUUCUCUGCCUAACCAAACAAGUAGUGUGGUGGGGAUACACAGAGAGGGCAUGUGUUAUUUAUGUAAUUAAAAGUAUUUAUAAAGUGCUUUAAAUUUCUUUGCCUCCUUUCAUCCGAGCACAGGGCGGUUUACAAUACAGUCGUACCUUGGAAAUCGAACGGAACCUGUUCUAGAAGUCCAUUCGACUUCCAAAACAUUUGGAAACCAAAGCGCGGCUUCUGACUGGCUGCAGGAAGCCUGUCGGAUAUUCAGCUUCCAAAAAUAGUUUGCAAACCGGAACAGUCGCUUCUGGGUUUGCAGCAUUCGGGAGCCAAAACAUUCAGGAACUAAGCUGUUCCAAAACCAAGGUACAACUGUAUUAAAACUGUAUUAAAAAUACCGUAUAUAUAUAUACUGUAGCAAGCAAAAAAAUAGCCCACAGUUUAAAAGGCCGUAGAUUGUUUAAUUACCCAAAGGCCUGGGAGAAGAGGAAUGUUUUUGACUGGUGCCUAAUUUUUUUUACAUUUCUAAGCAGAGUGCACACAAUAUACAAACCAACCUAAUAACAUGUUCUUGGUACCAGUCUGUCUCGGGAGACAAUGAAGAAGUGUGCCUUUUGGGGGUGAAGACACAUUGUUAGAAGUUUAUGGUGCCUGCUGCAGCUGUAGAGACCUACAGGAGAGAG